AUGAAUAAUCAUUCUGUGUAUAAGUUUAAUCCAACACUUUCUGUGUUUAAUAAUAAUAGUAGUUUAAAUAACAGUGUGUAUAUUUCUACUGAAAAAAAAUCAAAAUCAAGGACAUCGUUAAAUGCUUUAUCAUUUUAUAAAUCUAAUGCAUCUGUAUAUAUAAAAAAAGCAGAUAAAAGCGAUAAAAAAGAAAAUGUGAAAACAUUAAUUCGAUAUUUGGGAUGGAAGAAUUAUAGUGGAAGUAUAUCUCCAAAUUUAUUUAAAAAUCCAAGUAUGACUGAUUUAAUAAAUAUAUGGAAUUUUAUAUUUAAACACGUUGAUCCUUUAAUUGAAGUGAAUAAAGAUAAUUAUGGCGAAGUAGUGUUAAGUUUUUACAAAGAUAUCGGCUAUCCAUAUACUAUAUCCAAGUCAACUUUAGUAGCUCCAACUACUGGUCUACAAUACAACACUCAUUUAUCUGCUUUAGCCUGGUUAUGCCAAUUACUAAUUUUUGAAGCAGAAUGCUUUAAUGAUAUAAAUGAAGAAAAAGAAAUGAAUUUUUCUGAUGAUUUGAAUGAUGAUAAUGAAAUAAAAAUGGAUGAAUUUAUUUUACACAGUUAUAAAUCAUAUAUCAAUAGAGAAGAAAGAAAUUUGAAUGACAUAAUGAAUGCCAAAUUAGACAAAGAAAUAAAUAGGUUGGAAAAUAAUAUAAAUAAAAAAAAUGAAGAUAUUUCAGAAAAGAAAAAAAAAAUUGAAGAAAUAAAAAAUCAUAUGAAGGAAAACGAAGAAUUAAUUAAAAGAAAUAAAGUUUUAUGUGAAGAAAAUAAGAAAAUAAAGCUACUAUAUACUAAUAGUUUAGAAGAAACUAAAAAAUUAGAAAAAGAAAUUGAAAUAUGUAAAAAAUCAUAUAAAGAAGAAAAAGAAAAAACAGAAAAAAUUAUAGAAGAAAUAAAUAAAGUUAAAGAAAUAUUACAAAAACAAACAUUAAAUAAAGCUCAAUUUUUACAAAUGAAUGAAAAUAUAGAUAAAAAUAAAGAAAAAAUAGAAAAUAUAAAAAAUGAAAUAAAAAACUUAAAUAAUGAGUAUCCUAAUUUAAGUGAAAAAUUAAAUAAUAGAAAUAAUGAUUUAAAAAAAUUAGCAAAAAAUAUUAACGAAAAAUUAAUAGAAAUAAAAGAAAAUAUAAAUUUAUAUAAAAAUAUUUCUAUUUCUGAAUGGAAUAAAAUAAAUAAUAUUAACAUAAAUAUUGAUUCCUUUACAGUAGAUAAUAUGUUAAAUAUGAACUGGAAAGAUAGGAAAAAUGAUAUAAAAACAUUUAUUGAACAAGAUGAGCAAGAAUUAAAAAAUUCCUUAAAUUUAAUUGAAGAACAUGAGAAACAAACUAAAAUUGUCGAAGGAGAAAUAAAAUAUUUAAAAGAAUGCAUCCUGGAAGAAGAAAAUUUAGUGAAAAAAUUAAAUGAAGAUACUAAUAACUUUUUAAAUACAUCAACAAAUAAGUAUAAUCAAAUUGUAUCUCAAAACCAAAAAAUGUUAGAAGAAGCAAAGGAGAAAAAAAACGAAGCAAAUGAAAUGCUUAAAGAAGUGUUGGCAUCAAAAGAAGAGAAAGAAAAUGAACUUAAUAAAAUCAAAAUGGAAAAUGAAAAAAUUUUUAAAGAAAAAUUAUCAAUACUUCAAAAAGAGUGUGCAAUUCUGAUGGAAUUAAAGAACUAUAGCAAAACAUAUAUUACAAUUGUUUUAGAUGAAAAAAAAAAAGAAUUAGAGUUAUACAAAGAUCUUCAUAAGAGCAUAGUUGAAUAA